AUGCCUCUUACCGUUGAUCUCAUUAACCCCUCGCCCGAGCAGCAGAAGCAGUGCCACAAGCUGAAGCGUCUGGUCCAGAACCCUAACUCGUUCUUCAUGGACGUCAAGUGCCCUGGCUGCUUCGCCAUCACCACUGUUUUCUCGCACGCCCAGUCGGUUGUCCUCUGCGGCAGCUGCACUCAGGUCCUCAGCCAGCCCACCGGUGGUAAGGCCCGCCUCGCUGUUGGCUGCUCGUUCCGCCCCAAGGCGUAA